AUGAAUAAAUAUAUUUAUAUAGUGUUAACAUCAAUUAUUUUGAAACUGUUUUUUAUUUCACAAUGUUUAGUGCAAACAAAUAAUGUCUUUGAAGCUUUUUCUCAACAAGACGAAGUGGCAUACAUUGAUGCUUUUAGUACUCUAAUAAAAGAUUCUUAUUCAGCACCGCUUCCUCAAGAUUUGGCACGCACAUGUCAGAAUCAGAAUCAAGCUACGGAAGCAACAGUUAAAUCAAUAACAAAUUCAAUGUUAGCAUCUGAUUUACAAAUAUUUUGUGGUACUGAGACCAUAUGCACCAUACCAGCUGGCUUUACAGUUACAAUGAAUAGUAAUUUAAAUGUUGCUGCUUUAGUUUUGAGUGGUUCGCUAGUUUGGAAUGACAUUAGCCAAUCUUCGAGUGAUCAAUGGUUGUGUGCUGGUUACAUUGCUGUCGACGGAGGCCAAUUCGACAUGAAUCUAACGAGUAAACAAGGUUAUAUUUACAUUAAAAAUAAUGGUCUCAACCAUCCGGCGGUUCAUACUCGUGCCUUUGGUUCCUAUAACGCCGGUAAAAUACAUGUUAGUGGUCGCUAUCUUGCUAGAACGUGGUCUUUACUAGCUGAUAGAGCCACAUAUGGUAUGAGUUCAAUUAGUCUCUUACACAAACCUGAAGAUAUGGGCUGGAGAGUUGGUGAUAGAAUUGUUAUAGCCCCAACUGUGUCAGGCUCAAGCGGGAAUGCUGAAGAUUUCACGAUUGAAGGAUUCGAUGCUGAUAAUACUAUAAAAUUGCUUAAUAAAGACGGAACUUCUAUUGGUUUUAUAUCGUCAGUUUUUGAGUCAAAAGCCCUGUUUACAGGUGAAAAUAUGUCUGCUCUUAUACAAGCUGAAGUCAUUAACCUUUCACGUAAUAUUGUAAUUACCGGAGACGAUUUUCAGCAUGUUCAUUGUGUGAACGACGUGGCCGACGGCAGACCACCCGAUCGUAUUCAAGCCGAUCACUGUUCAUGUUGGAAAAAUAUUAAUCGAAAUCAAUGCACCCUUGGAUUGCAUACAGUUGCGAUUGGGACCGGUUCUGUUCUAUCUUUACAAUACACAAGAAUUGAGAAGUGUGGUCAACGCGGUAUUUUAGGAAAAUACUGUGUACAUUUACAUUUACUUAGUAAAUGCCCUGAGUGCAAAAUUAUUGGCAAUGCUUUUGAGUAUGGUCAUCAAAGAGGUACUACUAUUCAUGGAACACAUUUGGCAACUAUAGAGAAUAAUGUUUACAAUGACAUUCGUGGUGCAAUAAUAUAUGUUGAAGAUGGAAAUGAAAUGUAUAAUAGAAUAUUUUAUAAUGUUGGAAUAUGUCCUUGGGCAAAAUCCGGAGAAAAAAGAGGAUGCACUAUACCAGGCACAGACAAUGAUCAAGCAGAUACUACAUUAAAUCAAGCUGGUUUAUGGGGUUUAAGUUUUACUAACUAUGCUAUUGGAAAUCGUUUUGCUAAUAAUUAUAAUGGCAUGUUGUAUCAAGAGCAAGGAUUCGGUAAUGGUCGAGGUCAUGUGAGUGGUUUAGAAUGCCUCAGUUUUCAACAAAUUGGAAGGUUAGAAGGAAACACUUUUCACGGUUGUGGACGAUUUGGUACAUAUGUACUUGCAAGUGUGUUCCCAAAAACAACCGACAGAUCGAUUGAUAAAAAUGGUUUACCAACUUUAAGUAGAUGUCAAGAAUGGACUACAAGUGGUGAAGAUAACGGAUUACCAGCGACAUUUAUGCAUAAUAUAGAUUAUGACAAUGUAUUUGUAGGCCAAUAUAAUGCUGGUGAUUUACAGUAUCGAUUUCAUACAAGUAUUAAUAAUAACAAUUUGAUUUACUGGAAAGAAACAAAAAAUUUUCAAGACGGUUGUUCCUCUCAUAUUGCUGAUUCGUUUUAUGACUCAGGCAAUUUGGCUUUGCCUGGUGGUCAUGGAACGUUUAUUUUGGAAAAUAUGAUCUUCAAUAACCAAGUUCACUUUGAGUCAAGUCAUCAUUGCAAUAUUGGAGUAACUGGAGUACUUUGUAUGCCAACUUAUGUGUUUGUCCAUAUGAAAUGGACUGGUGUUAUAUCUGAUCAAUCUUCACUCUUACAGUGGGGACCAAAUAAUGGAGCCAUGUUCACACUUGGACCUGAUGAUGAAAAAAACUUAAAUGGAAAUAAAUUAUUUCCAGCUGGAUUUUGCUCUAUAGUCAAUCCAUAUUGGACCUAUCUUUUAGCAUUGGAUAAUGGUGCAUCUUGUUUUAGAUCGAAUGAUGUUGCUAAUCUUUUAGGACAAGAUCCUGUUAAAUUUGCGAGGAAAUAUGAUGGUGGAGCUAUUUUCUGCAAAAGACCUGUUCGUCGACUUGAGAUAUUCUCAUUUAAUCAAAAUCCUGCAAAUCAUCAAACGAUGCAGUACAUUUGGUCUGGAGAUAAUUAUCUGACAGUAAAAGGAAGAGGAGCUUGCACAUCUUUUCCUGCCAUGCCAUCCAUUGAUUGUAGAUCUCAACCAAAAUUAAGUAAUGUUGAGCAUUGUCCUGACAAAUGCCCAAAUGGUUGUACAAAUGGAUAUUGUGAUUGUGCGACAGGAGAAUGUUUGUGCAAUCCUGGAUUUUCUGGUUCAAAUUGUAAUAUUGACACGUGUGCUGCUGCUAGAUGCAUCAACGGUAAUUGUGCUGCUCAAUAUCUUGGAGGAGAUUUGCCUGUUACAAAUAAACCAUGUGUUUGUAUCGAUGGUUGGUAUGGCGAUAGAUGUGAUACAACAACGCCGCCACUUCCAGUUCCAGAUCCAGUGCCCAUGUGCUUUAACGGAUGUUAUUUUUACGCGGAUAGUGAUAUUACCGGUGGACAGUUUGGGGUUAUUCAAACAUCAGAUCCAAAAGCUUGCUGUGCUGCCUGCAAUGCGAAUGCAGCCUGUAAUUCAUGGGUUUUUUGGUCGUAUAAUUGCUUUUUAAAAACAGAAACACAAAGAAUUCAUAAACCUGGAGCCAUAUCAGGAAUUAAAUGUUCAACAGGUGAAACAAGUUCUAUCACAAAUGCACCUGUUACGGCAGCCCCUAUAACAGCUCACUGUGAUGGUAAAUGCCAAGGUCAAUAUCCAUAUGGUUGUAAUUCCGGUUUUCAAUAUGGAUAUUGCAACGCAGGAGGUGGAUGUACUUAUUCUAUUACUACUGAUCCAAAUUGGUGUUGCUUCAAAGGUUGUAAUCAAGAAUCAUCUGUCACAAACCCACCAGUUUUGACAAAUACGCCAACAGAUUCACCUAUAACAGUUACGGUAGCACCUGUAUCAGAUUUUUGUGAUGGAAAAUGUUUUGGAAAAUUUCCUUAUGGUUGUAAUUCUGGUUUUCCUCUAGGAUACUGUUCUCCCUGGGGUGGAUGCAGUUAUUCUACAAUGAAUGAUCCUAGUUGGUGUUGUUUCAAAGGCUGUUGA